AUGAAUCUACUUCCAUUAACACUCCUCAUCAUCACCACCUUUACCUUAUCAUCAUCUCAAGAAACACCACUUUCCAAAAAAGGGUGCCAAGAAAAAUGCGGAGACAUAAGCAUCCCUUACCCCUUCGGCAUCGGCCCCAACUGCAGCUUCAACUCCUCCUACGCCAUCGAAUGCACCAACCACUCAAAACCAAUCCUCAAAUCCACCGGUUUGGAAGCCACCGAGUUCUCAUUAAACGACAACACAGUCCGAGUAAUGCAGAAAACCACCCCUCUCAACUGCUCCUCAACCAAAGGCCAGUUCCAGCUCGGCCAAUCCCUCCUCCACUCCCCCUUCUCCUACGGCGCUUCCAUCAACCGCCUCAUCGUAGUCGGCUGCAGCUCCGAGGUCUCCCUCGUGGGCCCCGCUCCCUCCUCUGGCGGAUGCCGCCCAUCUUGCGGCGACUCCACCAAUGCCUGCUACGGCAUCAACUGCUGCUCCAUCAUCGUGCCGGAGAUGUCCCAGCGAGUCGAGGCCGCCUACGCCGUCAGUGGUGGUGGUGGUGAUUCUCUAGUUUGUGGGUAUGCUUUUCUCGCAGACUACAGAUGGCUGUCGAGUGAGUACGAGAACUACGUGAAUUUCUCAGCUCCGGUGGCCGAGAUGGAACUAGCGAUGAGGACGGUGCCAGCAACGCUGGAGUGGCGGCUCGAUGUCGAUGAAUGGAAUUUGAUGAGUGGGGUUGUGUGUGAGAAUCGGAGCGUGGAUGCACAUACAUUCGAUGAUAAUGAGUAUAGCUUCAACAUGAGCAGAUGUCGCUGUCGACAGGGGUUUCAGGGGAAUCCAUAUUUGUCUUGUGUUGACAUCGACGAAUGCAGCAGCUCCAGUUUGAGCAAUAUCUGUGGAAUUGGAAGUGAUUGUUUCAACACACAGGGGAGUUUCUACUGCAAGAAUCGAAGCAGAGACAGCCGCAUCAAGUCUGUAAUCAUCGGCGUUGGAAGCGCCGUCGCAGUCUUAAUGUUGUUAACUGGAUUAUGGUUAUUGUCCAAACUGAUCAGGAACAAGAUCAGAACUAACCGGAGAAGGAGAUACUUCAAGAACAACGGAGGGUUGUUGCUGGAGCAGCGCCUCUCUUCAUCCGGCGCCGCGGAAAGAAUCAAAUUCUUCGACCCCACACAGCUGGCUCGCGCGACGGAUGGGUACAACGAAGACCGCAUACUAGGCCGUGGCGGGCAGGGCACGGUCUACAAAGGGAUGCUUCGCGAUGGGCGGAUUGUGGCGGUGAAGAAGGCGAAGAGGGUUGGAGAUGUUGAAGAAUUCGUGAAUGAGGUGGUGAUAAUGUCGCAGAUCAAUCACAGGAAUGUGGUGGCCUUGGUGGGGUGUUGUCUCGAGAUAGAGGUUCCGGUCCUCGUCUACGAGUUUGUCCCGAACGGGACCCUGUCCCAGCAUAUCCAUGUCCGGAACAGGGAUUUUCCGUUGUCGUGGAGGAUGCGUGUCAGGAUCGCGGCUGAGGUGGCUGGAGCGCUUUCGUACUUGCAUCAUUCCGCGGCGUCACCUAUCUAUCACAGAGACGUCAAGUCGACAAACAUACUGUUGGAUGGCAAGUACCAUGCCAAGGUUUCGGAUUUUGGGAUAUCGAGGUCAGUGGGAGUGGAGCAGACUCAUCUCACCACUAGGGUGUUUGGGACUUUUGGGUACUUGGACCCGCAGUACUUUUGGUCGAGUCAAUUCACAGAAAAGAGCGAUGUUUAUAGCUUUGGGGUGGUUGUUGUUGAGAUUCUAACAGGGGAGAAAGCGGUUUCGGCUGCUGGAGUGGAAUCAGGGAGGAAUCUAGCUGCGGAUUUCUUGGAUUCGAUGGAGGGGAAUCGCUUGUUCGACAUUCUUGAUCCGGAGGUUUUGGAAGGUAGUGUGGACGAGGUUGUAAUUAUGGCAGAUCUCGCUCGGAGAUGUCUGAAUCCAAUUGGUAAGAAAAGGCCAACGAUGAAGGAAGUGGCAAUGGAAGGAAUUAGAGCAAGGGAAGAAGCCUCAGUUUUGGCAUCUUAUCAUGAGGAAUCUGAUUUCCAAUCCAUUGAUUUUGGAGAGGAAUGUGUUUUAUCAGACAGCAGCACUAGUUUGAUUGGUAUUACUCCAAAGUCAUCCUAAUGCAGGGCAUCGUAUCAAUGUCGGAUCCAGGAAAUAGAACUCACAACAAAAAAGGUUGUCAACAGCCUACAAAGAAAGAUUCGGUGCAGUGGUUAUUGCUUAAAAUGGAUGGCGGAUGAAGAAAUCAAGAAACAGAGUGAACCCCAACCUAAGGUUGGGGCAGAGCUACCUUACCAUGAGAUGGGAUCAUCGGCAACUCCAAUGAUUGAAUUUAAAAGGGUCGGUGAUGUGUUAGUUUAUCCACAGACUCCGCUUGAAUCUGCCAAUGAACGUAAGUAGAGGCCUAUUGUGAGAUUUAUGAUUACUCAUUAUCGCAAUCUUUUUUUUUUCCGUUGCACAAAAAUAUACUCCAAGUGUAUGAAUGUGUUUUAUGUACAUUGUAUUUUCGUAUCAUUCACGUACAUUGAUUGUAUUGACUAUAGAUAAAAGAAAGCAACCAUCCAUA